CUUCUUUCAUUCCUCCACUUCUUUCCAUUGCUUAUCACAACUUCCACAUCCAAGUAUUCGACAAACGAAAAAAAAACAGUCAUGUCUCCCAACGUUGCUCUCCAUGGUCCACUCCCCAAGAUUCCCGAGGGUUCUGGCAAGCUGAAACUCGGUGCCCUUGUCUUUGACGGUGCGGAUCUACUUGAUAUCAUGGGUCCUAUGCGUAUCUUUGGUGAAGAGCUGAAUACCCUAGACAUUGAGAUCAACUUCAUUGGACUUACCAUGAAGCCCGCCCGCACCUCGCAGCAGGUGGAGAUCACUCCUCACUAUACCCUGGAGAACGCCCCUAAGAUUGAUCUCUUCUUCAUACCCGGGGGAAUUGGAACGCGUGCUUUGUGCAGAAACGAGGGAUUCAUGAGCUUGAUCAAGCCUCGCAUUGAGGCCUCUACAUGGUGCAUGACUGUCUGUACUGGCGCUGGGAUCUUGGCCAAAACUGGACUCAUCGAUGGAUAUAACGCGACUACCAACAAGUCUGUGUUCGAAUGGGCUGCCUGUGAGGGUCCCAAUGUCGCCUGGAUCAAGAGGGCCCGCUGGGUCCAGGAUGGCAAAUUUGUGACCUCGUCAGGCGUCUCUGCUGGAAUCGAUGCCGCUCUUUACAUUUUGUCGGAGCUCACCAGUCUCGACGCUGCCGAGAAGGUUGCCAUCGAAAUUGAGUACACCUGGCACAGGGUCGCCAAUGUUGAAGGGAACCUGUUCAGCAGCACAAUCUUGGUCUUUGUGUAUGGGUUUCAGAAACCAGGGGAAAUCCAUUAUGGAAUCGGAAUCCAAAUUGGCCGAGAGUACUCCUUUGAACACUUCGUACUUCGCUUUGACCUAAACGUUCUUGCACUGAUCAACAUUCCCAUCACUAUGGAGCAGAUCACCGAGCUACAAAACUCCACCAUCAACUUCAUCCUUGUUGAAAAGACAAAGUCUCAUUGGCACGACUUUCCUGAGCUCGCAUCACUGAUCGAAUCUCUGCAGGCCCUUCAGGAGCCAUUGAACGUCCCCUCACUACAAUACCUGCUAGAACUGGCACGGCUUGCGUGUCAGGCAGAUGCUGAGCAGUCAAAUCGACUGUUCCUCCGGCUUGAGUCAUACUUUGCCGUGGCCGAGCCUCCAGUAGUCGCGCACGUCCUUGCGACUCUGAUUCUGGAGGGAGGGGAAGGUUAUCCCUUUCCAAUUGAACAUGCAACAGGCUGGUUGGCUUGGGCAUUGGACUACAAGCCCGAGCUCGCCAGGAAAGGACAGUUCGUGAAAAGGCUGUGGAGAGCAGCCGAAGGAAGAAGAGAGGAGAUUGAAAGUUUAGCUGUCCAACGUAUCGUCUCAACACUCAUAAAAAAGCAGCAGGAACAGAGAACAAGGCUCAUGAACAAGGAUCUGGACGCUACAAACAGGGAUGGUGGAGCAAACAGAAAUUGGGCCGGACGCUAUCAUGACAUUAUAUACAUGCUGCAUUGCGGACCUCUUGCAGACCAGGGUCUACAGUUGUGGGACGAGGAAUCCGUGCUCAACGCGCUUGUCAGGAUAAGGGACGGGAGCAACCAAAGAGCGUUUGAGAAUCAGCUGUUGAUCCUUGUCAAUCUUCUUGAUCGGUUAUUUUCUUGGAUCGAGUCGAAAGAUGUGGAGGAAAACAAAGAACAAUUAAAGCAACGGGUUGCAUUGUAUACCAAGACACCAGAGCUACUGGCGUUCGCAAUCGACACCGUUGUAGCAUAUCUGGAUGGGCGUUGGAUCAAAGGCGACAUCAAGGAAGAUGGCGCUGUGCGGUCGAAAACCCUGAGUACAUCGUUACUCGACAUCAACCGCGAGCGAGAGCCGAUCCAUUACGCGACAACGGAUGCGCAAGGGUCGUUUGGCUUCUCUGAAAGCAAGAAUGCCAUCCGGGGGAGAUCACUUAAGGAACGAGAGAUACCCCAGAGGCAUGAUCGUGGUCAAGCUGUCAGAGAAUUCGAGAUUGUUGAUCUGGUUGCAAGAUGUAUGGAGGGACAUGAUUCCGAUGUGUAUGAGCAGCUACUCCGGCGUCUGAUGUUGCAUAUCGCGAUGCAGGUCGAUACAGUGAUGAUUAGCGCUACAGCUGCGGCCAUGAAGCAUGCUGCUCAGCAGAGGGACAAAAUACUAUUGCGACUCACGGCAGAGAACCCGGUAUAUAGACGGAUCAUGGUCUCAGCUAUGAACAAAGCGCAUUGGUCUGUGGUGUCGAUUUGCUUGCCGGUAAUCCAAGGUAUGCUGCGCUGCUCGAUCGCGCACUGGAACACCUGCAAGAACUCCUCCCCGAAAUCGUAUCCAAAGGAGCUCGAUGAAGCGAUCUGGCUGGCCCAGCUCGCUGAGCAGGUAAGCGUUCGUGUCAGCUCAUCAUCUUUUUUUCUUGACCCUAAUUGCGAGACUUGUGUUUGUAGUAUCAGAUCGGCGGGAAACGCAUGUGCAGAGUACAAUUGCAGCUCACAACACGACUUCUUUUUAUGUAUAUAUUUCCGAUGUCCAUCAAAUAUCCGCUCUGGCGUCCCAUCAAAGACGGGACUUAUACCUGACCCGAUCAAUCAGGCCACCGUUCUCUUUCCACUCGUCGAGUCAAAGGAUGUGGGCCUCAUUCUUGAACAAUGCUACUAUAUCCUGCUCGUCCGCAACGCUGAUGUAGUGCAGCAGCAACAUCAACAGCAGCAUGCACAGCAACAGCAACAACAAAAGAAGGCCAACAAUUCAGAAAUUUCGCUUCUUCGCCGGAUUAUUUUCAAGCAUGCGACAAAGACGUUCCAUCUCAUGCCCCUGUUUACUGUUGGUCAUCAAGCACCGUCAGCAGCGGAUCGUACAUCACAAUAGUUUUGGUUUUUUUGUAUCAUGCAAUCAUAAAGAAACUUAGACCAAU